AUGGCAAGCGGAGAACGAAGCAGAACAGAAGGACUAAUGGCUCAGUGGAGAAAGCUCAAACUAACUGAGGAGGAAGAAGAAGUAGUAGAGAUAGCGCAAAAUGGAAACGAAGAGAUUAAGCAUAAGGGAGAAAAGAGUCUGAUAGGAAAAGUUUGUCCAGACCGAUCAGUAAGCAAAACGUUGAUUAGUAACACCAUGGCAAAAAUAUGGAGAAUCAGCAAAAGGGCAGUCUUCCAAGAGGUGGAAAGGAAUACGUUCGUAAUCUCCUUCGAAACUCAUGUAGAUAUGUACAGAAUCCUUGAAGGGAAACCAUGGUUUUUUUAUUCAUCUUUGUUCGUUCUGGUUCCAUACAAGGGGAAGUUAUGCCUCAGGGAUAUGGCUUUCGACAAAGAAACCUUUUGGUUACAAAUCCAUAAUUUGCCACUAGGUUGCAUGUCUAUGGAAUGGGAAAAGCAAAUUGGAAAAUCAGUGGGAAGGGUCAUAGAGGUAGAUGUAGAAGAAGAUGGUACUGGGUGGGGAAGGUACCUAAGGGUAAAACUAGAGUUAGCCCUGAAGAAGGCUAUACCGAGGGGUCGCUUUAUGAAAAUCUACCCAGAAUCUAUCUUAAUGCGGAUGGAUUGUUCAUGGAGAGAUGGGUUGCCUGGCUGA